CUUCAGCUGUGCGGCUGCUGGAGACAGUGAUGGGCAGGACUCUGAGGACUAACCAGUCCCAAGGAGGAGGACCAGUGCUAGGAGUUAGUAUAGCUACAGAACCGGGCUGGAUCCCUACAACCGAAAGACGGAUGCUUCUAGUAUCUGCUGCCGGAGACUUUUCUAGACGAUACCCCCGUACUUCUCACGGGAGAAGCUUUCAAGUUUUCAAAGAUGACCGCUUUACGCGUUUCGCUGAGUGAACGGAGCUCCCACAGCGGCGGCAGAAGAGUCGAGUCCGGGUUGUGCCACGAAAUGACGCCUUGUACUGUUAGCUGCUGUUAUUGUUGACUUUUUCCUCCACAUUAAUGAGCCGUGAGUAAUGCUCUCAAGAAAGAAAAGCAAAAACGAAGCGUCGAAACCAGCGGAGGUCCAGGGGAAAUAUGUGAAAAAGGAAACGUCGCCGCUGCUCCGAAAUCUUAUGCCAUCAUUUAUUCGCCAUGGACCCACCAUUCCCAGACGCACAGAGGUCACUCUACCUGAGAUGGCGCCCUCUGCUUACCCUCCUCCUAACCGGGAUCCCGUUGUAUCCCGCAACAAGAGUUUCCUGCGCACUCCUGUACAGAGGCCUCCACACGAGGUGGCCCGGAGAGAGAGCCACCGCAUGUCAGCACCACCGUACCUGCCUCGCAGCCUGGGUGACCUCCCGCAUGAGUACGGAGGUUCCACUCAGUCUUUCCUCACAGACGUGAGCCCCAUGUCUGAGAACGGAGACCCUUCCCGCUAUUAUUACUCUUCUGAACCUUAUUAUGACACUCAGCAACACCAACAGCAGCAGCACCAACAGCAGCAGCGCCAGCAGCCCAGGAGGGUCCCUGAGCGCUUUCCUGAGGACUUUAGAUUCUAUGAGCACAAUGAACAUAACUUCCAAAGAAUCCCCCGACAGCACACUCCUCCAGCUCCAAGCAGACCCCCUUCAGGAAUAGGUCGGAUACAGGCCAAAUCCCUGGGGAACCUCUCUAGUCUAACAGCAGAGGACCUCCCACUUCCAGCAGGCUGGACCGUCGACUGGACCAUCCGUGGCAGGAAGUACUACAUCGACCACAACACUAACACUACGCACUGGAGCCACCCUCUAGAGAGGGAGGGGCUCCCCCCGGGCUGGGAGAAGGUGGAGUCAGCUGAGUUUGGGGUCUACUACGUGGAUCACAUCAACAAGAGGGCACAGUACCGACAUCCGUGUGCUCCAAGUGUGCCUCGCUACGAUCAACCUCCUCCUCUACCACCUCCUGUGACCUAUCAACCACGUCCUGCAGAGCGGAACCAGCCGGUGCUGGUGCCAGCGAACCCGUAUCACACAGCCGAAAUCCCGGACUGGCUCCAGGUUUACGCCCGUGCCCCACUCAAGUACGACCAUAUCUUGAAAUGGGAGUUGUUCCAGCUGGCAGACCUGGACACGUACCAGGGUAUGCUGAAGCUGCUCUUCAUGAAGGAGCUGGAGCACAUCGUCAAAUCCUAUGAAGCAUACCGGCAGGCGCUCCUGUCAGAAGUGGAGGCGCGCAAACAGCGGCAGCAGUGGUACACACAGCAGCCCAACAAGAACUUCAUGGGGAACAUGUGAUCCAUGCACAUACCGUAUGUACACCCCGGGAAGCUGCAGCACCACGCCCCCAUGUGGUUUCUAUAGUUUGGGAGCGGUCACAGUCUCCUUUCAAAUUGUGAUUGACUCCAAAUUGCCUCUUUACCAAACACAUCUGUGCCUUCACUUGAUCCAAAUAUAUCAGCCAGGAAGUUAAAACACUUGUUGGCAUGUGGAGGCGGGGGGGAGGGGUGCUCCUUCCCUGCAAUGGACACUCAGUUUACGAAGGUCCACGUUAUUGGAAAACACAAAUGAAGAAGGAAAAAUCUGGGGAAACUCACUCACGGUGCCAUUUACAGCCACUGCCCUGAGGACCACAACUGGCUGUAUGGACUUUCAAAGACUAGAGUCCACAUUUUAACUCAAAACACUACAACAUUGUGCCUUUCAAAAAAAUAAAUAAAUGCAGCAUUUUUACAAUGUCUGCUCUUAGGUGUGGACGCCAGCUACUCCGUCAUUUUUUCCUGUGGGAGAAAACGAGCGGCAGCUUCUUCUAAUUUGUCCCCCCAAAAUGAAAUCCUUUUUUUCCCCCUUUUGCUUUGUUACCCUCAUAAACUGAAACCAGUCUUUUUAUGUGACACAAAAAAUUGUGUGUUUUUGUUUUUAUUUUUAAAUGACAGACUGUAUGCUUUAUAAGACAAUCCACCAAAACGUGUAACAGAUAUUUAAGUUUUGAUAUGAAAUGCGUCUUUAUUUAAAAGACCCUUUAAUGGAUGAAGCAUCAAAGUUGAUGCAGUGCCUUGAGCGUCUCUUGACUCCUCGGCAUUACUGUCAGGAAUUUUAUUUUGUCGAUGUGUAUAAAAAAAUAAACAUAAAUAAGCUACUGGAACUGAAACACUACAGAAGAGACACUUUGUUUACCAAACAAGUGCAAUUCGAUUUCUUCUUAUUUCAUUCUUUCGUCACCGACACGUCUGUUUAACUGCGGAUUAUUGUGGAAGGAGAGGUUCUUGAAAGCUUAUUCUAUUGAAUAUUAAUUAUCUAAUCUUUUCUAAGACGUUCAGAGAACCUGGAUGAUAUUCUCCUGCUUUGGUUUUUAAAAUGGAAGGAACGACUAAUGUAAAAAAAAAACAAUAUAGCUUUAAAGAAUAAAAUAUCUAUUUUGUAUGUUUCAAAAAGACAUAUACCUUUCUACGUGUCCUAGGAGUGUGUGGCCUUUUUGGUAUCAGUAAAAUAGGUUUUCAAGGAACGUUGUGACUCCACCUCAAGAGUUCUUCACUAUGCAAGAAGGUCUCCAUCUCAUCCUCUCAGAAUGGUUUCACCAGUUUGUACAUAUCUCGUUUUGUGGAUUUCAUGAAUAAUAAUAAAACGAUAAAAACUGCGGUGAAUAAAGACAAAUCUUCAAACUU